GCUCUUUGGUUUUCCCACCUCCGUGAGGCGUUUCGCGCCCAGUGGUCCAGUGACGUCAUCUUUCUGCGCUGCGUGGACGACCGCCUUUGGAAGGGGGAACUGCUUCGCUGCCCUUCGCCGCUUUCCUCCGGCUGUCGCUCCUCCGGAAUAAUGGCGCUGUCACUGUGGAAGGGGCUGGUGGGCAUCGGUCUCUUUGCCCUGGCACACGCGGCCUUCUCCGCUGCUCAGCAUCGUUCUUAUAUGCGAUUAACAGAAAAGGAAGAUGAUUCACUGCCAAUAGAUAUAGUUCUUCAGACACUUCUGGCCUUUGCAGUUACCUGUUAUGGUAUAGUUCAUAUUGCAGGGGAUUUUAAAGAGAUGGAUGCUACUUCAGAACUAAAAAAUAAGACAUUUGACACAUUAAGGAAUCACCCAUCAUUUUAUGUAUUUAAUCAUCGUGGUAGAGUACUGUUCCGGCCUUCGGAUACAACAAAUUCUUCAAACCAAGAUGCAUUGUCUUCUAACACAUCGUUGAAGUUACGAAAACUUGAGUCACUGCGUCGUUAAGAUUUUUACAGAUCAUAACAGUAUAGGACACAGAGUUGGAAUAUUGGGGUUUGGAGUAUAAAACACUCCCCUAUCAGUAUUUAUAUUGAUCUUUUAGACCUAACUAAAAAGUCUGUGGCUCUUGUUUGUACACUGUAAUCAAAUUAUUAUUUUUUUUGGAGAAUUUCAAGAUUUAUUUAUUUUUUUUAAUUGAAUUUAUUGGGGUGACAUUGG